AUGGGUGUCCCAGAAAAGGAAACCAGUGCCCCGGGCUCGGCACCGAGGGAGUAUGCCAUGCCGCCGCCCUCGUACGCCGACGCCAGCAGCUCCACGUCCCCGCUGCCGCCGCCGACAGACCCAGCUAUUGCCUCGCGCUCAAACCCUGGGGCUGCAGCAUCGCAAUCACCGUCAUCGCCAGCAGGAGCACCAUUCGUCCCGACAUCGCAGGUGCCGACGGCCGCCGAGCCGUUCAACUUCCCCUCCGACGCCCCCUGCCCGGCCUACUCGCCCGCGGCGCCGGACCAGCCCCGGCGCCUGAUCGCCAUCCCCCAGGCCGCCGGCACCAGGAAGGCGGACGCCAAGUUCGUCCGCGGCUACGCCCCGUCCCUGCUGAGCCGCGGCAUCCCGCCGCAGACCUGGCGCGCCUUCCUCGACACGGCAUCGGCCUUCCUGGCCGCCACCGUCUCGGACCAGGCCGUCGGCCACGCCGCCGACGUCGGCCGGCACGUCGGCGGCGUGCCCAAGCGCUGGGGCAAGGAGACCGCCAGCCACGCCAGGUCGGUGGGGCGCAGCAUCCGCGACAACGCCCGCCGGGGCAACCUCGUCGGCUCGGCGUUCGGCGUCAUCGGCGGCGGCAUCGGCCUGACUGUCGGGGCCGCGACCCGCGGCGCGGGGGCCCUGAUCUCGCUGCCCUUUGCCGCCGCGUCGGCCGUGGCGUCCAGGCCCAAGACGCCCCGCGAGAGGGCGACGGCGUACUUGGCCGUCGCGAACAAGGACUGGCUCGGCGCGAGGGGCCUGUGCGCGCGGCUCGUCGACACGGCGGAGCUGGCGAGGGCGGUGGGCUUGACUCCGGACCAGCUGCUGGCCGCAGCGCAAGGGAGCAAGGAGAGCAGUGCCGAGGCGCAGAUUGCGUCGCUGGGGCAGUACGUGGAGCCGCUGGAGUUUGACGGGGCCGAGAUGCUUCAGCUCGGGGUGAAUACGCUGUGGCUUGUGGUUACGUUUGAUGGGAAUGCUGACGGAGCGAUGUGA